AUGUCUUCUGCAGAAGAACCUGUGGCAGACUCCGCCAUGGCGGACCAACCCAAUCUUUCUGAGCAACCUGCCGCGUCCAGAAAAUCAUACAGGCGGAAAUACCGCAAAUCCAUGGUGACAUUUGAGGAGAAAAUGAGGGAAAACACGUCGUUAUUCAGAGAGGAGCAAAGAAUCAUGGAUAUCUCAGAACGCCUAGCCGAGCAGAAUGAUCAACUGCUUCAACUUCUCCUUGAGUUGAACUCUUGCCCGCAAGUCCCGCCAUCCCUACGUUAUGAUCUCAGACCUCCGGGAAAUCAAAUAUCCAGUGACGAGAGGUCGAAAUUGCUUGUUAGUGAAGAAGAAGGACAUUUGGAAUUGCGAAAGGCCCGCAGUCAGCUACAAGCUAAAGAGAUUGAUGAAACACGAUACCGAGAAAUUGAAGCAAGUCUUCUCAAAGCCCCCGCCUUUGCACCCAAGCGUUCAUAUGCUUCGCUCCUCUCCGUUGCACCUCCUCCGCGCCAGCCCAUUGAGAAGAUGGAGCCGAACAAAUCCGACUCAAGUGGCUUCCUGUCGACGAAACACGAGGAGGAUUAUCUACAAGCACUGGACGCGUUCCUCGACGGGGCCAACACCAAUCCCAGAUCGCACGCUGUCAACAGCCUGGGAAGCCGAAACGCCGAGAGGACUACCGAACGCGAACGGGAAACACAGUUGAAAAAUCCAGUAUCAGUGUAUAACUGGCUUCGGAAGCACCAACCCCAGGUAUUUCUCCAGGACAAUGAAACGAGCUCAGAAAAGCCGUCCCGAGCCACGGGGUCUCGAAUCUCUGCAAGGAAAUCAGCCAACAAAGAGGCCUUGAAACAGGAGCCAGAUCUUUACGAUGAUGACGGAAUCGCUUUGGAUCCAGGUUCUUCGUUGAGAGGGAAGCGGAAGAGGGACGCAGAUGGCGGAUAUCGCCCCAAAGGGGGCAACUCCAAGGGAACCAAGCGUAGGAAGGAACCGAAGGAGGACACGGGUCGUAGCAAACGGUCAAAGAAGUCGGCCUUGGAUGCGAGAUAG